UCGAAUGUUGUAUGAAAACUCAGAGCACAAUACGAUAUGACGUAAUACGCGAACAUGUUGAGAAACUUUUUCGCGUAUUCAAACUACCUUUACUAUGCAUUCCUCAAAUUACGAACUUUCACGAUGUACCUAUACUAAAAAAAAAUGUAGAAUACAUAAGAGUUUCUGAAGUUAUGGGCAAUGCGUCUGAAUUUCAAACUUUAGAAAACGUGAUAUUGAAUAUUCAUAUAUAUCAACUUAAUGAAGACGAUGCGAUUGAGGAAUAUCAAGACGAUGAGAAUUUAUUGACUGCACACCAUUGGGACUUACCUGCUCGCGCCCUUGAUGGUUUAUGGGAUAAUUUAAUAUUUGAUGAGAAUAUUAAAACGAGAUUGCUUGAAUAUGUGUUUACAACAAUGUUAUUUUCGGAUCGUAAAGUUAAUACUAAUAUCAUUUCGUGGAACAGAGUUGUCCUGUUACAUGGUCCGCCAGGAACAGGGAAAACAACAUUUUGCCGAGCUUUUGCGCAGAAAUUAUCUAUAAGGUUGGCUGAUAGAUAUUCUCAUGUGAAGCUCUUUGAAAUAAAUAGUCAUAGUUUGUUUUCGAAAUGGUUCUCCGAAUCCGGCAAGUUGGUUCAAAAAUUAUUUCAGCAGAUUUCUGAACUGAUCGAAGAAGAAGGUUCUUUUGUUUGCGUGUUAAUAGACGAAGUAGAAAGUUUAACUGCAGUAAGAAAAUCCGCGCUGACAGGCGCAGAACCAUCUGAUGCUGUGAGGGUAGUCAAUGCGGUACUAACGCAAAUUGACAAGUUAAAACAAAAAAAUAACGUGUUAAUAUUAUCAACAUCUAACAUCACAGAAGCGAUAGAUAUCGCUUUCAUUGAUCGAGCUGAUAUUAAACAAUAUAUAGGCUUACCAUCUCGACAAGCGAUUUAUGCGAUUCUAUCAAGUUGUAUUCAAGAGUUAAUGAAAGUUGGGAUAAUUAUGAAGGAAAAUCUCCUUGAUUGGAGUACUGUGAAACUUACAAAUGAUUUCGAAGAUUCAAAUUUUAGACUUUAUACAAUUUCAGGAAAAUGUCUGGGAAUGAGUGGUCGUACUCUGCGGAAGAUGCCUUUUUUAGCAUAUGCACGUUCCAUUCACUCUAAGAAUACUACAACUUUCAAGAACUUUUUGAAAGCUUUGGAUGAAACCGUUAUCGAAGAAUCGACUAGUAGAAAGUUGAUAAUGGAAAAUCAAAAUAUGAUGAAUAGAUGUUAA